CGCGAACGUCCUGUUUGUUUCGCCCGUCGCCUUUUUCAAGAACUGGUUGUCGAUUGACGACGCUGCGUAUAACGAAGUUCGAGCUGUCGUUGCGCAAACAAAUUACGACAUUAUUUAGGUCGUUUUGCCUGUUCCCUGUUGUGCCGGCACUCUCGGCGCACGCGACAGUUUUGGAAGCCGAAGUGCGAAAGCAUGGCAUCAUUUGUGAUGAAGAGUACGCUAUCCCCAGAAGCUCCUGUGUUUGUCCCACGGCACUUCAAAGUUCCUGUACCCGAACCUUACCCACAGUCGCCGGCUUCUCAGGAUUCGACUCAAUAUGCAAUAGUGGAAUUGAUGAGUUUCAUUGAGGACGUAACUCUUUGUCCUGCCGAGUUUGACUCCAAGAUAGAGGACCUCACGAAAGCAUUGGGUAGUGUCACAGACGCCAGUGGUCUCGUUCAAGUUGUCGACACGAUCUUCCAACAGGGCGUCAAGGAGCCAAACUUUCGGUAUAGCGGGGCCCGGCUCUGCAAUCACCUGGGCAGCAACCUCAGUGUUCGAGGCCUUGAGGACAGCGAGUUCACAAAUAUGCUUCUUGACCGGUGCCACGCGGAAUGUUUGAAGCGAAAUGACCUGGCAACCGGUGACGUUGGCGACGUCUACUUGCGAGGACUGCUCCUUUUCAUAGCCGAGCUCUUCUCGCAGAUGGUGUUUUUGCGGGACGACUACUCGUACAAGGCGAAGCACAUAGCCGGCUGCAUCCCAAACAUGAUGCACACCCUCCUGCAGUCGCUGUCCAAGGACAACAUCAAGUGCACCAUCCAAGUCCUGAAGCUUACAGGAAGCAGCUUGGAAGACUUCGAUAAUUUGGAAUCUAGCGGUGCUGACGGGUGCAUAUUGGACAGUGUGUUCGACAAGCUCAGGGAGAUUGUGCAGAAACCAGACAUCGAUCCGACUGCAUCGCUGAUGAUUAAAAAUGUCCUGGAGCUCCGCGAGAAGAAUUGGGGCCGAUCGUCUUCCUCUUCAAGCUCGCCCUCCGGCUGUGCUUCCGAUGAGAACCUUCCAAUCACAUGUGGUCCUGAUGGCGUGCCGAUCUCCAGAGAAGAAGAGAACUUCGUUCAAGAGAUGCUCCUCGAAGAACAGAUGAGCGGCCUUGAUGUCUCUGAUGGUGGCAGCGGUUACGCCAAUGACUGCAAUGAUGAAAUGGACGAUGAGGUUGCGGCGGCCUACGAAGAAUUUCUCCGAGACUCGGGACGAUGAACUUUUGUAUCUCAACAAGAAGGGGAGGGCUCCGGGGUGGGUUGGCCAACGAGCGGGAGGGGAGUGCGUUAGGGCUGUUUUCUUAAAGUGUUCAUUUUUUGGGCCGUCAUAUUAUUUUUUUUGCUUUAUUUUAUGUGGAUUGGUGACUGCAGUGUGGUGCCACCUUGCCCCUUUUUUUUGUUUGCUUUUAUAUGUUGGCAAGGUCUCUUCUGUUACCUCAAUUUAUUUUUGUUUUCGUACAUUUGUCACCUGCGCGGGCGAUCUUUCAUGUUACAAUGCAGUUCAGGCCAUUUGAAUGGAGUGCAACAAGCGCUUGUACAUUCUCAACGCACAAAGUGCUGUUUUUUGGACGAAGACUAUCCAUUGAAUAAUAAACAGAGAAGUCGUUUUGCAGGAA